CUAAUAAAUUUAUAAUGCUUAUUUCUUUCUUUGUGUUUCAUAUCCUAUCAAGUGUCAUUUUUUUCUGACUUUAAUUUGACUAUUUGACAGGUGAUUGCCAAUUUUAGUGCUACAUGGUGUGGUCCUUGUAAAAUGAUUGCACCUUUCUAUCGCGAGCUGUCUGAGAAAUUCCCUGCUCUUGUUUAUCUUACCGUUGAUGUUGAUGAGCUAGCUGAGUUUAGUACAUCAUGGGAUAUCAAAGCAACUCCAACCUUCUUCUUCCUUAAAGAUGGACAACAAAUUGACAGACUUGUGGGGGCAAACAAACCAGAGUUGCAGAAGAAGAUUAUAGCCCUACAACAUUCUGCUCACUUGAAAUAGCUCUCUGUGAUUGUGAGCUUUCGUUAUUGAAGGGUUUUAAGUUCUUGUUUUUUUAACCCUUGCAGGUGACCGUAAAUUCGCUAUGGUGAAUUUGAUUGCUAGUAAGUUGUGUGUAUUGGAAACUCUUAAUGUUGCACUCAAAUGUCCAAAUCACCCGUGUUCUGAAAUAUUAAUAAAUUUUUGGUAUUAAUUUUAAAAUUUUUUUGGUCAA